CCGGAAGCGCCGUCACGCACAGCGCGCGGGGCGGUGGCCCGGCGGUCCCCGCCCCGCCCUUCCCGCUAGGGGGCGCAGCGGAGGCCGGGCCGCUCUAGCCGGCCAAGGGCGAACGAGGCGGGCCGGUCGCCAUGGCGACGGCGGCGGAGCGGUGGCGGGGCGGCAUGGCGGAGCGGCGGGCGCUGGAGACCCGCCUGGUGGAGAACCAGCCGUACGACGAGAGCCUGGACCUGCCGGAGGCCGAGGAGGCGGGCGGCGCGGCGGGGAGGCCGGCCGGGGCCCGCUCGCCGCGGGUUGGGGACGCGGGCCGCCCCCGGGGCUCCCGCCGGCCGGGGCUGCCCGGGGCAGGCGGCGGCGCCGCUGAUCGCAGCAGCGACGAGGAGGGCGGCGGUGGUAAGGAGGCGGCGGCGGCGGCCCGCUCGGCGCCCCCCGCUGCUCUCAGCGAGGAUGAGGAAGACGACGACGACUCGGAGGAGGAGGACGAUUCCUCCGAGACCGACUCGGAGGACGACUCGGAGGAGCACGGGGCUGCGCUGGAGGGUGACUUCAAUCUCACAGAUUAUGACUACCUGCCCGUAUCUUCUGAAAUCAAAGAACUCUUUGAGUACAUCAAGAGGUACACUCCCAAAACCAUAGAGAUCGAGCACAAACUGCAGCCUUUUAUCCCAGACUUUAUUCCUGCAGUGGGAGACAUCGACGCGUUCCUAAAGGUUCCCCGUCCCGACGGCAAGCCCGACAACCUUGGCCUGCUGGUCCUAGACGAGCCGUCGACCAAGCAGUCGGAUCCCACCGUGCUCUCCCUUUGGCUGACAGAGAACUCCAAGCAGCACAACGUCACACAGCAGAUAAAAGUGAAGAGUUUGGAGAAUGCAGAAAAGAACCCCAAGGCCAUUGACAGCUGGAUCGAAAGCAUCAGCGAGCUGCACCGCUGCAAACCUCCCGCCACAGUCCAUUACACCAGGCCAAUGCCCGACAUCGAGACCCUGAUGCAGGAAUGGUCACCGGAAUUUGAGGAGCUCUUGGGAAAGGUGGGCCUCCCGACUGCAGACAUGAACUGUGACCUGGCUGAAUACAUCGACAUGAUAUGCGCCGUUCUGGACAUCCCCGUGUACAAGAGUCGGAUCCAGCCUCUGCACGUCCUCUUCUCGCUCUACUCGGAGUUCAAGAACUCACAGCAUUUCAAGCCCCUGGCUGAGGGGAAGAAGGGCAGGAGCCCGCCGUCCAACCCGCCUUCGCAAGCGGCAGAUGCGGAAGCGUUAAGCUUUACUUAAAGCUUCACCUUAAGCCCUCAUCGUCUGGACCAACGGCUGCUGCCGGACAUUGAGAUUUGACCAAAGCAACGCGCAGCGCUUCAAAAGCCUCCCUGGUUUUAUAGAGGCUCCUGAUCUGUUCUGCAUUCACAGAGUAGGACUUGACUCGUCACGUUGAUGGUGAAAGCUGCCCAAUCCCCCUGUUUUUAGACCUGCCCCCAAGCAGUUCAGCAUAAAGCCUGCUCUUCCCGACAAGAGGCUCCCUGUGCCGUAGGUGCGUCGGAGCAGAGGCUCCUCGAGCAUGCGCUAUGCGUGCUAAAGCAAGCAGGAAUAAAUUCCACGCUCGGACACACCACU